AUGACUUACCAAAGACCAAACAAGAGCAAGUACAACAAGAAAGGGGUUCGUUUUGCUACUCCAAAAAGAGCUGCUAGGGUUGCAAAACCUCACAAGCAGCAAUAUAGAAAGUAUUACCACGAACAACCAUCAAAACGUUUUGCAUAUGUUGAAGAGCCAGACAGUGAAGGGGAAGAGAGUGGCGAUGACACAGAAAAGCAAGAUGUUGAGGAAGAGUUAACUUCAAGUGAAGACAGUUUAGAAGAAGAUUUCGAUACCUCCUCUGGGGAAGAAGACGAAGAGGUGUAUGAAUUUGACCUCAAACCUCAAGAUGGCUCCGAGGUAGAUAGCUCAGAUGAGGACGUUGAAUUCAUUGAUGCCAGUGAUGUCGAAUUGGACUCCGAUGGAGAUGAAUAUUACAUUGAUUUGGAUGACGAGUUGGUCAGUGCUAAAGAACUCGGAGUUCCUGAAAUCCAUGAUUUGAAUGAGGAGAUUGUUGCUUAUUAUGAGGAUGAGGAAGCUAGCUCAAGUUCUUCAGACUCUGACGAUGCUAGUGAUUCUGAAGAUGGGGUUGAAGCUAUUGUUCACCUUACCGAAGAGGCCGAUGACUCCGAGGACGACAGCUCAGACGAUGACGACGACGAGGUUAUUGGUUACAUCGUUGACACCAACAAGUUGAAUGACAAGUUGCUUCUUGAAGGCAUUAGACAGGAGUUUGAAGAAGGAUUAGUUAGCCCCGAUGAAUACGAAUCUAGAGACGAAGAUUCAGAAUUGGGUUCAGAGCCUGAAUACAUUGAGAUUGACAGCUCUGACGAGGAUGAAUCAUCUGAUGACGAGGGUGUAACUAUUUACAAGAGCUUGCCAUGCGCAGGGUGUGACUGCGAAGAAGAAGAAGAAGAAGAAGAAGAAGAAGAGGAUGAUGAUGAUGAUGAUGACCUACACGUUAUUAGGGACGAUGAUGAAGAGUUUUCUGUAGUUGAUUUAUCUGACGAUGUUGCCGACAGCCAAGACUAUCAGUUGGAAGAAUUAGACGAUGGUUCGUACAAAUUAAAUGUUAGAUUUCCAUCUUUGGUUAGAGAUGAAUUGAAGAUUGAGUUCCUCAAAAAGGAGAAUGAGUUGGUGAUUAAGGGAAAGUUGAACUUCAAUGGUGCUGAAACCGAGGACGAGAACGAAGAAGAUGUUGAUGUUACUGAAUUGACACCGGCAGAAUUUAUCAACUAUGCCUUGGAGGAUGACGAAGAUGAGGACGAUGAUGAGUACGACUAUGCAGACCCAGAGGAGGUUUCUGAAGAAGAAUAUUCUGGUGAUGAGGACUCCUUGGUCUUUAACGCUGCAGAGAAGGGUAGAGCUGAAAAGGCCAAGAGGGAUUUCAUCUUGUCUCAGAUUGAAGAAUUGGAGAAAAGGGAUAACUACAAUGAAGAUUCAGAUGAUGACUAUGAAAUCGAUGGUGAAGAAGAAGACACUGCUGAUUUUGAGGGAUUCUACGAGGAUGAGGAGGAAGACUCAGAAGAGGACUCGGAAGAGGACUCAGAAGAGGACUCAGAAGUAGAUAUAGAAGAAGAAUCCGAAACUUCUGAAGAUGAAGAAUUACAAGAAGACGCAGAAGAUCUCAUCAAUGAAUUCAAGAAUCAAGAAGUAUUCUUUGAGAAGCACUUUCAAUUUGACAAAGUCAUCAAAUUCAACAAAAUAAAAGCCAAGUUUGUUGGUGAUGAUGAAUUGGAAUUGAUAAUACCAAGCAAGAACACUACAGUCGACGAGGACAACUCAUUUGCAGUUACUGUUGAUUCUGAAGAUGACGAUGAGGAGAGCAGCACCACAGAAGAGAUUGAUGGAAACGUAGAAGUAUUACGUGAUUUGGAUGAGCUUUUGGAAGCAGUCGAAGCAGCUUAG